AUGGCGCCUCACAGGGGCGUCAGUCUCACCCAGAUCUACCCUUCACCUGGCGCCGACGCCGAGACAGACAUCGAUAUUAUUGCAAUCCAUGGCCUGGACACGAAAUCAUCGGAAACGUGGGUUUGGAAGUCAAAACCCCCCCGUGAGGAUGUCAACUGGCUGGCAUCCCCGCAGAUGCUUCCAGGGAGAAUAGGACGUGCUCGGAUCUUCACGUGUGACUGGCCAGCCCACCUCUUUGAACAGCCGGAUUUGAUCCAGAAGACAGUCAAGGUGUUUGCUCGGCUCUUGCUCGCCGGUAUCAAAAGACGUCCUUUGCCAAGGGCCAAGCACAAAAGGAAAAAAGAUCGUCCAAUCAUCUUUAUUGCAUCAUGUCUAGGGGGUCUCGUUCUAAUAAAGGCUCUCGUGAUCGCUGACCAUCCUCCAAGCGAAUAUACUGCUAUUAGACAAUCAACCCGCGGGAUUAUCUUCCUGGCCACGCCCUUCCGGGGUACUUCGUUUCAGGAUGUAGCAAACUGGGCGGAGCCUGGUCUGAGGACCUGGGCUUUCAUUCGAGGUCAAAAAGUGAGCAACCUUCUCGACUCGGUCAAGGGAUCGACUUUCGAUCUCGAGGAACUUGUGCGCAGCUUCACUCAGCUGUGUCAAGACAAAGAUUAUCCUUGCCAAGUGAUUACUUUUUACGAAACCGGCAUGACAAGUCUGCACCGUAAAUUCCCUCUGAGCUGGUUGAUUCCGUCUCCUCUGAUGAACCAGUUUUGCCAGCCAAAGCCGCUCGUUGAUAGCUCUUCGGCAACUCUGGAUAUUGUCCCACACCCGCUGCCACUCGAUCGAAGUCAUGUAAUGAUGAACAAGUUCGAGGACCCUGAAGAUCCGGAUUACAAAUGCGUUGCAGCGAAAAUUGAAGAAAUUCUCCAGAAUAUUCGUGCAAAUUCCUUGCUCGAUGACGCUGAUGCCUGGAUACGGAACAAGCAUUAUACUGCAGACAAGCUCAAGAUCGAACGUCUCUCGGGUGACUUGUUGUCCAUGGAUCAAUGCUACAUCAAUCUCGUCGUUGUGGAACAGCGUGACCAGGAUGCAAGACGCUCAAAGGGGGGCUACGGAACAACCUCCCCAUUUUCGCUCUUCAAUCGACAAAAGGUUGAGACACCAGAAAAAGCGAUCCAGGUUAAAUUGGAAACAAUCUUCAAUCAACGCAGAGGACGCGACGGUAAUCUAAUACAACCAAGAAGAAUCAUGAUUCGAGGACGCGCAGGAGUCGGCAAGACCACUUUAUGCAAGAAGAUUAUCCAUGAAUUUACUAGAGGCACCUGGAGCGAAUGGAACAACUUAUUUGACCGCGUCCUUUGGGUACCUCUACGAAAUCUAAAGCUCAAAGAACGACGUGAAAUAGCCGGAUACAACUUUGAACAGCUCUUCGCUCAUGAAUAUUUUUCUCUGUCGUCUGAGAAAGCAGAGUUUGCUAGAGAAUUGUUUUUGGCCUACGAAUUGGAGUUGGAGACGAAGAGCAGCAGGACUUUAUUUCUUCUUGAUGGCUUAGAUGAAGUAUCCCAAGACAUUGGCGAAGGUAGCAUGUCUGACUUCCUUAACGAGCUUUUAAAACAGCCAAACAUCAUAGUCACUUCUCGGCCAUCCGGCAAGAUGCUACUUGGCAUGGAUCUCGAAUUAGAAACAAUCGGAUUCUACCCAGAUCAAGUGAAGGACUACAUCGAAAAAGUCUUUACUGAUCCAAAAACGAUCGAGAUUGAUAUGGGAACAGUCAACAAAGUUUGGACCUUUCUUCAAAACCAUUGGCUAAUUCAGGGCCUUGUGCGUAUCCCCAUUCAACUGGAUGCGCUUUGCUAUUCCUGGAAGGACAUUCGCAGCGACAUGCCGGCGACCAUGUCUGCGCUUUACCAAACUAUAGAACUUAGCCUGUGGAAGAAGGACGUUUUGCGACUAAAGAAAACACAUGGCGAGAAUCCAGUAACGGCAGGCCAUAUCCAAGCUGCCAGUCGCCGAAAGAUCGAAGAAUUCGUCCAAGAUGAGAUACUUUUCCUUGAGAGCCUUGCGUUUACUGGACUACAUGAUGAUGUCAUAGAGUUUGAACAGAACCAUUUGAACCGUAUAUCUGACUCCAUCCGGAAUUUCUUGCCAGACAAGACCGUUCCGUGUCUUUCCUUUCUGCGAACCUCAAACCCUUCAUCAGAAGACCGCAACCGAAGCUAUCACUUUAUACACCUCACUUUUCAGGAGUACUUCGCAGCACGGUACUUUGUACGGCAAUGGGUUGCCGGAGCACCGCUUAAUUGUAUACAACUCAGCAGUGGGAAGAUUGACAAGUCUGAACCUGUCAAAUUCUUUCAGAGGCACAAAUACACAGCGCGCUACGACAUCUUGUGGCGCUUUGUUGCCGGAUUACUUGACACCAAAAGGGAAGAAGACGACGGGAAAAUCGCCGAGUUUUUUCAGAAAAUCGAGGAGGAACCACUCGAUUUUUUAGGUCCUACGCAUCAACGGCUAGUCAUGCAUUGCUUGAGCGAAGUAUUGAGUGAUUUUCCAGUUCGAGUCCACUUGGAACGGCAUCUGGCCAAGUGGAUAGUGUUUGAAGGUGAAUUCACACAAAGUGAGAUUCUUCACUUAGCAAGUGAGAUGGAGCUUCCUGAGCAGUCAUUGAGCGCUGCCUUUCGCGAAGGGUCCCAUGAUGUGAAAGCAAGCAUUCUUCAAUCGCUAAAGAAACGACCUACGUUUCCGGUGAGCAUUACUAAAGAGGUAGUCUCUUGGCUAGAGCACGACAAAGGGUUUUCCCGAAUUGCUACCAUCACGGCCUUAAAGCAGUUGUCUUUGCCUGCCGAGAUCCUUGACUUUGUAGCAACACGUCUAAAGGAUAAGACGGGGUAUGUCCGAAAGGCUGCUGCUGUAGUCCUGGGCAAGCAAGCGAACUUACCUAACGAAAUCCUGGAGGGUUUAGCAGCGCAGCUUAAGGAUGAGGAUGAGGCUGCCCGAUUGGCUGCUGUUGAAGCCUUAGGCCGGCAAAGCUUGCCUAACGAGAUCCUGAUGGAUUUGGUAACGCAGUUUGAGGAUAAGGACAGGUUCAUUCGACAGGCUACCGCUACAGCCUUGAGUCAGAAAACCUUGCCGAACGAGAUCCUGAAGAACAUGACGGCGGGACUCAAGGAUAAGGACGCGUCUGUCCGACGGGCUGCUGCUGAAGCCAUAGGCCGGCAAAGAUUGCCUAGCGAGAUCCUGAAAGACGUAAUCGCGGGACUUAAGGAUCAGGACUGGCUUAUCCGAAUGGCUGCUAUUGAAAUCUUGGGCCGGCAGGCGAAAUUACCAAACGUGAUCCUGAAGAUCCUAACCGCGGGACUCAAGGGCAAGAACGGGUCUUUUCAAUGGGCUGCCAUUGGAGCCUUACGUCAACAAGCCUUACCUGACGAGAUCCUGAAAGACAUGGUCGCGGGACUUAAGGAUAUGCCCGAGCCUAUCCGACAGGCUGCUCUUGAGGUCUUUGGCCGGCGAGCGAACUUACCUAAAGGGAUUCUAAAAGGCGUCGCAGCAUGGCUUGAAGACAAGGAUAGAUUCGUCCGAAGGGCUGCUCUCCAGUCCUUAUGCCAGCAAGCAGCUUUACCAGAGGAAAUCUUCAAGGCUGUAGUAGUGCGGCUUGAUGACGAGGAGAAGUCUAUCCGAGAAGCUACUGUCCGGUCCUUGGGCCGGCAAGUAGCCUUAUCUAAUGAAGUUCUAAAAGCCAUGGCGGUACGGCUUGAAGAUGAGAGUGAAUCCGUCCGAGAGGCUACUGUCCAAACCUUGGGUCAGCAAACAGCCUUGCCUGACGAAAUCAUAAAAGCUAUAGCAGCACGGCUUGAAGACGACGAUGAAUUUGUCCGAGCGGCCACUGUCCAGUUCUUAAGCCAGCAAGCAACUUUACCUGACGAAAUCUUGGUUGCUAUAGCGGCGCGGCUCAAGGACGAGAUUAAGUCGGUCCGACGUGCAGCUGUGUUUGCAAUACGAAGGCAUAGGGAAUUUUAUUGCACUCGCCUCACAGCCUCUGACGCUGCCUCCCUCUAUGAUGUUUUGUUUCUGCUUAGCUUUCAGGAACAAUUGAGUUGGUAUGUUGACGAUGAAUACGUCUAUAUCAAUUUCCCAGAAGGCAUUAUGAAAUGUACUCGUCAUGAAGACCGUGGACUCUGGGGGUUUACUAAAAGCAAGCUGAGACGAUGA